AUGGAGGCCCAGAGAAGGCAGCCCAUGGCGAAAUCGCAGCUUGGCGACUCAGCGGUCUUCCAAGAAUCAACUACGGUCGAUACGCCAGGGUCUAGCAUCUCAACAGCAUCCGAGCAACUAGCCCGUGAUUUAUUCACCCAGCUAUCCGAAGACUGCGCCGCCAGUGAAACAGUUGGUAACCGGUUUCCCAAUAGCUCGCUUGAUGUCCCUCCGGAUCCUAGUGUGUCAUGUUCUGCCCAGCCCCAGCCACAAGAUAGCCAUCAUUCUUCAUCACAAGAGGUCAGUAUCAGUAGUAUAGAUGAAGACCAGUUUCUUCAAUGGAUACAAAGCCCUUCUAAUUUGGAAGACAUUUGGUUCGACGACGACGAUGCAAUGUCUCUGCCUCUAAACACCGGUUUCACAAUACCCUAUAAUUAUGUCCAAACUGAUGCGAUGGAUACCGGUCCCGACGAACCAAACACUCAUUCCCAAGGCGAGGAUACACCGUUUCCUGCAAACAUCCCACAACCUAUCACUCGUUCACUUUCACCUCCAAAUGAAGCCUCUGAGCAGGACAGGUGGCCGUAUCAAUGGGAUCCAAGUUCUCGAGCUGUUACCAAAACCAGACCUAUUAAGAUCCCCAAAAGCCAUCCUCUGAGAGAGAUUCAUGACCAGAGGUUCGAUAUCUCCGAUUGUCGGUACGAGAGGCUGAAGUUAUUUUUGGAAAGACCCGCCCAGAUCGGUAUCGAUUUCCAUUCUCUCCUUUUCCCAGAACUAGCGAUUGCAAACGUGUUCAUCCGGCUUUUCUUCAUUCAUUUCGAGCCUCAAAUGGCGGUGAUACAUCGUCCAUCUCUGCAAUCAUGUGACGAUCUGCCAGAUCCUCUUCUCGCCGUAAUGAUUGCAAUAGGAGCAAUUUACAGCUGCGAGCAAAAUACAUGCCGAUUUGCCAUUGUCCUUACAGAUCUCGCAAGAUUGAGCUCUCAGCUGGCAAUGGAAGCAAAUAACAAAAUCAUGCGAGCCCCGAUGUUUGUGUAUGCGUUGACGCUUCUCUGCUAUGUGGGCCUUUGGUGUGGGAAUAAGAGAUUAUUUGAGCUUUCAGAACCUAUAAGGGGCACAGUUGUUUCCUACUGCCGUCAAAUUCAACUUGACGAUGUACAGCUUUCUCGUCAAGAAGCCAGGAAGCUCGGAGAGGGGUUGGAUGGGCAAUGGCAUAGAUGGGUUCUCAAAGAGUCUAGAAAGAGACUUUCGUGGACUAUUUACAGCCUUGACUCCAUGUUUCCGUGCCUCUUGUACCUUCCGGCAUCCAUCAGCGUGGUGGAGUUCAUGAAGAUUGAGUGCCCGUGUAACGAGGAGUUCUGGCAUGCUUCGACAGCUCAUCGCUGGAAGAGCUUACUUGGAUCCGCUUCAGUACCCCAAGGAAGAACAUUCGCCGCUGCCGUCAGCCCGUUCUUAGGCCCACUCAACUUGGGCCAUUUUCCCGAGCCAGCUGCUUCGCCUGGGCCUCAGACAAGUUUCUCUGAAUCCAAAAGCCUGAAUUCUUGGACUCGCUGUCUUGUGCUCACAACGAUCUUGGUUCAAAUCUAUGAAUAUUCUCAGCAGAUCAAUAUGGUCUCUGAAGCAACAUUCGACCCCGGCAUGUGGCAGGUCCUCGGCGAAUCUCCAAUUCCUUCCUCUCCUUCCCUCAAUUUUGAUCCUGACCCGGCAGUGGCCCUGGAAGUUCAAAUUCAUUAUUCACGACUAUUGCGAAGAUGCCAAUCGCAACACGAAGCGGAUCGUACACCUUCGAGCCCUGUUCGCGAUGUUCUGUGGUCAUUAGGAAAGCGAAGGGAACAACUUGAAAGUAAUACUCAACCUAACCAUUUAUGGAUGCUUCGAAAGAUUCAAUAA